GGUAAGCACGUGACACGUAGUCUUUAUUAGCGCCUUCUCCAGAUCCUCGCCGCCAGUUGGUUUCUUGACACAGACCACUCGUGUCCUUCCGAGCAGCAAAGGCACAUAAACUCCGACCUCCACGGGAACCGCACAUCAACUGCCGACAUGGUGAAACUAGCAAAGGGAGCAAAAGCACAAGGCAAGCCUAAGAAGGCCCCUCCCCCCAAGGACGUGGAAGAUAGUGAAGAGGAAGACAUGGAGGAAAGUGAAGAGGAGAUGGAAGUUCCUGUGAAGACACCAUCUAAGAAGGCAACCACUCCAGCUAAAGCAACACCAGGGAAAAAAGCUGCCACUCCAGCCAAGGCUGCACUCACACCUGGUAAAAAGGGUGCUACUCCUGCAGGGGCUAAGAAUGGUAAAAAGGCAAAAAAGGAAGAAAGUGAAGAUGAAGAGGAGUCUGAGGAAGAAUCGGAGGAAGAAAAGCCUGUUGCUAAGAAGCCGGCUGCCGCUGCCAAAAAACCAGUAGCUAAAAAGGAAGAGUCUGAUGAGGAUGAGGAGGAUGAUGAUGAGGAGGAUGACGAAGAUGAGGGUGAUGAGUCUGAAGAAGAGGAAAAGUCUACUGCCAAGAAACCCGUUGCCAAAAAACCUGCUGCCAAACCAGCAGCAAAAAAGCCACCCAAGAAAGAAUCUGAGGAUGAGGAAGAUGAUGAAGAGGAGGCAAUGGAAGUGGCACCACCAGUAGCUAAAGGAAAGAAAGCUGUUGCUGCUAAAGAAUCGGAUGAUGAUGAUGAUGACGACGAUGAGGAGGACGAGGAGGAUGAUGAUGAGGAUGAUGAAGAGGGUGAUGAAGAUGAUGAAGAAGCUGCAAAGGAACCUGGAAAGCGCAAAAAAGAAAUGCCAAAAAAUAAAGCUACUCCAGAUGCAAAGAAACAGAAAACUGAAGGCUCAGAAGGCCUGUCAGUAUUUGUUGCCAACUUGAAUUCUGCUAAGGAUUAUGAUGAGCUAAAGGAUUCUCUGAGAGAGUUUUUCGAAAAGAAGAGUCUACCUGUGCAGGAUGUCCGUAUUGGAGUUAGUAGGAAAUUUGGCUAUGUGGAUUUCUCUACCCUAGACGAGGUUGAGCAGGCACUGCAACUGUCUGGAAAAAAGGUGCUUGGCUUUGAGAUUAAAAUAGAGAAGGCAAAUUCUCCCGCUGAGAAAAACAAAAGUGCUGAAAACAGGAAAGAAAGAGAUUCACGUACUCUAUUUGUGAAGAACCUGCCCUAUAGUGCUGAAGUUGAACAGUUACAAGAGAUCUUUGAAAAUGCCAAAGAAGUUCGUCUCCUCACUUCAAAAGAUGGAUCCAGUAAAGGGAUUGCAUAUGUGGAAUUCAACACUGAAGCAGAGGCUGAUAAAGCCAUUCAAGAAAAGCAAGGUACAGAGCUUGAAGGCCGGUCUAUGUUCAUCGAUUACACUGGAGACAAGAGUAAUUCUGGAGGCAGGAGAGGAGCACCAGGUGGAGCAGUUGAUGUGAAGGUACUUGUUGUAAAUAAUUUGGCAUACAGUGCCACUGAAGACAGUUUGCAGGAAGUUUUUGAUAAGGCAACUUCGAUUAGAAUACCACAAAACCAUCAGGGGAGGCCCAAAGGGUUUGCAUUUGUGGAAUUUUCAUCUGCAGAAGAUGCAAAGGACGCCCUAGAUUCUCAUAAUAACACAGAGAUUGAAGGCAGGUCAAUACGUAUUGAGUUCAGCCAAGGAGGUGGUCCUCAAGGUGGAGGAAGAGGAUCAGCUCAAUCAAAAACACUAUUUGUCAAAGGCCUUUCUGAAGACACAACUGAGGAGACCUUAAAGGAAGCAUUUGAUGGUUCUGUUAAUGCUAGAAUAGUAACAGAUAGAGACACUGGUACAUCAAAGGGGUUUGGUUUUGUAGAUUUCUCUUCAGCUGAAGAUGCUAAAGCUGCCAAGGACGCAAUGGAGGAUGGGGAAAUUGACGGAAGCAAAGUUACAUUAGACUUUGCAAAGCCCAAAGGAGAAGGCCAACGUGGUGGCCGCGGCGGAUUUGGUGGCGGAUUUGGUGGCAGAGGUGGUGGCCGCGGCGGAUUUGGUGGCAGAGGUGGUGGCCGCGGCGGAUUUGGUGGCAGAGGUGGUGGCCGCGGCGGAUUUGGUGGCAGAGGUGGUGGCCGAGGCGGAUUUGGAGGUAGGGGAGGUGGAGGAUUUCGGGGUGGAAAUCAAGGAAAGAAAAUAAAGUUUGAUGACUGAUUGGUUUGAUUCUUCUAUGUCCACGCCUCAAGCCAUCUCCCUUAACUGAAUGGACUCUGAGGGUAGGAGGGGGCCUACUUUGCCUUCUCCAUGCCCAAAUGAAACUAGCAUUUGCAGAGCCUUCUGUAUGGACAUUCCAAUGUGGAGACAUACCUUUUCCUGUUGACACCUGGACAUCGUCAUUUCAUGGAAGAUGUGACUGUAUCUUACAGACUUUUUUUUUAAGAGUGUGUGUGAGACCCCGUACUGAAUUUGUCAACUUGUGUUUUACCUACUGUACAUUUAUAUAUUUUUUUUUUUCCCCCUCCAAAUCCUGUAGUAUUGCUCUAAAUGCAAAAUGUUCUGGUUUGUGCUUCAGCAGCUUGUCUUCAGAUUAAAGAACCUCAUCUGGUUA